AUGGUUAGUACUUUCUGGUUUAUUACAUCAAAGGGGAUCAAAAGAUCAACAAGGGCAAUCUCGUCCUUCUCCGGAAGUUUCUUCGCAGCAGCAGCAGCCAUGGUACUCUCCUUCUCUAGUCAGCUCGCCAAGCUCCUCAUCACGGCCUCAAACAUCUGUGUGGAUGAGCUCAGGAAGCUUCUCUCUGACAAAGAUGCGUAUCAGCAGUUUCUGCUCUCUCUUGAUCAGGUCAAAAUUCAGAACAAUAUCAAAGAUGAGCUCCGCAGAGAAACAUUGCAGCUAGCUAGAGAGAACUUAGAGAAAGAGCCACAGAUAACGGAGCUCAGAAACCAAUGCAAAAUUAUCCGUACGUCUGAGCUUGCAGCUGCGCAGGAAAAGCUUAAUGAGUUGGAAAGACAAAAAGAAGAGAUCCUCAAGUUCUACUCCCCUGGUUCUAUUCUGAAUAAACUUCAAGAGGCUAUGAAUCAGGUGGAUGAAGAAUCUGAAGCUCUUCAAGAGAAGUUCCUAGAGAAGGAGAUUGAUACGGCAGCUUUUGUUCAGAAAUACAAGAAGCUACGUACCACAUAUCAUAAGCGAGCAUUGAUUCACCUUGCUGCUAAAACCUCAACCAUUGGUUGA